AUGUCUCGCGAAGGGUUCCAAAUUCCAACAAAUUUAGAUGCUGCUGCCGCAGGUACCUCCCAAUCCAGAACCGCUACUUUGAAAUAUAUUUGCGCUGAAUGUUCUAGUAAAUUAUCCUUGUCUAGAACUGAUCCAGUCCGUUGUAAGGAUUGUGGUCACAGAAUCUUGUUAAAAGCUAGAACCAAGAGACUGGUUCAAUUUGAGGCAAGGUAA